AUGUCGACUUCUGGAGAAAUCACGUUAACCAUCUGUUUCACAGUUUUGGUUUUUCCUGGCCUCAUUGGAAACAUCUUGGUUUGUCUCGUGGUUUUUUCUUACAGGACUAUGCAGACACCGAUCAACUAUCUUUUCGUCAACUUAGCCGUCGCUGAUAUUAUAACGCUGACAUUCAUUGGCCCGCAGUACAUCUUUAUACACUUGUUUAAACAUCCAACAGGCACCACUGGUGACUUUCUUUGCAAGUUUAUCACUGGUGGAAACAUUUCAUGGAUUGGAAGUGUAGCUUCUGUGUUCUCUUUGGUCACGAUCUCCUUCGAGCGCUACAAUGCGGUAAUAAACCCUUACAGUCAGGCGUCGAAUUUUUCAGUGACAAAAGUAAAAAUCAUUAUCGUUUGCUGUUGGAUUUUCACUACUGCCUUUAAUCUUCCACUAUUUUUUGUUAUUUACUAUAACGUAGACAAAAAGUUUUGUUUAGAGUCGUGGCCCUCGGUUACUUCAGGAAAAAUCAACUCAACUUUCUGGCUAAUGGUUGUUGGUAUUAUACCAGCCGUUAUCAUGAUAUCCUUGUAUUCUAGAGUCGUCUGUAACUUAUGGUUUAAGAAAACGAACGAGUUCGUCCAAAUAGCCGUUCGUAGAUCAAGGUAA